AUGGGCGAUUCCGUAAGAAUACGUCGCAGUUCAAAAGACUCCAAAGUAAAUCUGGUCUACGAGGUCGUACUAAAUCCAGAUGACCCUGAGCCUGCCGAGCUCUAUUUUCAGCAAGGAGAUGCCUUUGAGCUGAGGUGUCUCGUGGAGAGCGACUCAUUUGACGUGGACACACUUAAUUUUGAGAGCGGCCCCACCAAACUCGAGGCGGUCAAGGAAAAUAAUUGGCUUUCCGUAAACGUGGACAGCUUCAAGACGGGCGAUCAUGGCGGAGGCGUACGGUGUGAGGUGCAAGAGAAAGCCGGACCCUCGGUUUUCACAAAACCCAUCACACUGAAGGAAAAGGUAUCGAUUAAAAACGGGAUGCGCGCCUGCCCGCCCUCCUCGCAAAAGGUCUGCUACAAUGGCGGCGUGUGCGUACUCGAGAAGAAGCUCGAGCGGUGCUUUUGUGCCGGCAACUUUGGCGGCGAGACGUGCGAUACACCAAUAAUUUUUGAAGGAUCAAGAACCGAACAAAUAGCGAUGGGCACCGGCGGGACGUUGAUGCUCAUCUUCCUCGCCCUUUCCCUCGUUUUUGGCCUUCUUUUCUAUAAGGAACGGCAACCGAAAGCCCGCAACGAGAAAAUCGCCCAAUGGUACACACAGCACCUCCGAAACCACAACCUCCCA